UAGGAAGGAAAAGACAUGACAUCGGUGAAGUUUCAUCGGAGACCAAUAGCGUUCAAAUUGAAAAAACAAUGACGAAGAAGAGAGUCUGUGAAGAUUGAGAUCAACAAUGAUGUCGUUGAAGAAAUUCUGGUGAGGCUUCCGGUGAUUAGGCUAAUCAGAUUCCAGACUCUGUCCAAACACUGGAGAUGUCUGAUUAGGUCAAGAGGCUUUGGGAAAAGAUACGCAUCUCAUCAGAAAACCACCAAAGACCCUAAACUCCUUUUGGUCUGUCAAGUAGUAAACCCUCGCGCACAAAUCAGCUCCCUUCGUUUAGCGACAUUGGCCCUAAAGACGUCGACGAAGCCAACUUCUCCGGAAGAUCGCCUGUUUGUUGAAUUCGAAAAGAGUAAAGGGUUUCUCGAGAUUUCAGAGAGCUGCGAUGGCCUCGUCUGCAUCUACGCCUUGACCAAAGCAGUGGAGGUUAUAAAUCCAGUCACUGCAAAUUUCGAAGCACUUCCCUUAGCGGAAAUUCAACGACUUUGUACAGACCAUCCAGACAUAAAGGCGGACCAUCCAGACCUGGAGGCGGAGCUAGUUCAAGGUCAAGAUCCAGUUCUUGUUCCAGCUCCAGUGGUAUCAUUUACUCGGUUUGGAUUUGGGAAAGACAGUGUCACGGGGAGAUAUAAGUUAGUGUGGCUAUAUAAUAGAUAUCCUGCUACUACUAACAAGGAGGUAGGAUGCGAGGUUUUGGAUUUAGAGGACAAGAAGUGGAGGUUCGUGAGCACUAGACCUCUUCUUGAUCAUCAUCAUCAUCACGUCUUGUAUAAUCAGAGGCCAGCGUUUGCAAACGGAUCUUUCUACUGGCUCACGGGAGAUGAACAAGGAGGUCCUUCGACACAAACCAAACUCAUCGUUUUCGACAUUCACACAGAGAUGUUUCAGGUCACCGAAACUCCACCUUUUAUCACCCGUGAUGCCUCUGGUGACAAAAUUGGCUUAUGCAAUCUCGAUGGCCGUCUCUGCAUUUCUGAGCUGAAAAGAGAUUGCAAGCAAGAUUUUUGGUGGAGGGUUAAAGAAGACAACAGCAACACGUGGACGUGGGAGAAGAUCUUCUCCGUUGACUUGCGGUCUACUUCCACUUGGUUUAAUGGUAUCACCUCGCAGCCUCUCACGCCUCUGGCCAUUUCCAGGGACAAGAAUAAGGUCAUCCUCUCGCUUACUUAUCUUGCUAACCUCGUUGCCUUUGAUCGAGAUCCUGGCUCAACCACAGUUUACCAGUUGUAUCACUCUGGUUUCUAUGGCUUAUCUGUUCCUUAUUUUCCAAAUUUAUCACUUUCAUUUGACACUUGAGAGCAAGUUUGUAUAUAGCUUCGAAAUAGCAAUGCUCAGUAGAAUCUAUACGAUAUAUGAAAGUAGCAUUGACAAGAUUCCAAGGACUAGC